CCUUCGUCUUCUUCUCCUUCUCCGUCCCGAUCCACCACAACAUCCAAAGAGGAAGCGGACAAUGGAGGUCCAGGAGCUGGAGUUGAGAAGUGGGCCUUGGACGAGGGAGGAGGACCGCGCCCUGAUGAACUACAUCGCCGUCAAUGGCGAGGGGAAGUGGAAUUCGCUGGCUCGUCGCGCAGGGCUGAGGAGGACAGGGAAGAGCUGUCGCCUCCGGUGGCUGAACUAUCUCCGGCCGGACGUACGGAGGGGCAACAUCACGCCGGAGGAGCAACUGCUCAUCUUGGAACUCCACUCGCGGUGGGGGAACAGAUGGUCGAAGAUAGCGCAGUAUUUUCCGGGGAGAACCGACAACGAGAUCAAGAACUACUGGAGGACGCGGGUGCAGAGGCACGCGAAGCAGCUCGAAUGCGACGCCGGCAGCCAGCAGUUCAGGGACGUCGUGCGCUACCUGUGGAUGCCCCGCCUCCUGGAGAGAAUCGGCGGCGGAGGCUCCCGUACGUCCGCCGCUGCGGAGUUCGGGAUUGCGACUCCGGCGAUCACGGAGACGGAGGCAAAGCCCAGCCCGGAGAAUUCGACCGCCGCCGCGUCGUCGUCGUCGGUGGAUUCGCUCAGCGCGCAGUUCUCGCCGCAGCCUCCUGUUUCCGGCGGCCUGAUGCAUCCAGGCGGCGAGCUGUGGCCGGAGUCGCUGCCGAAGGCCUUCGACUUCCCGGACUUGGAGCAGAUGGUGUGGCCAGCAGGGGAGGAUCUGUGGAGCGCGGACGACAUCUGGUUGCUGCAGCAACAAUUUUAACCGGAAUCAAUGAAGAAAGAAGCAUAAAAAAUCUCUUAUUUCUGGAGAAGAACUGCACGCAUCGAUCAUCUUCUUCAAAUAAUUUCCUUUUUUUUGUCUGUGACUGUGAUUCUUUGGAUGAACCUGUGCAUGAUUAAUUGGAUUCGAGAUUCGAUAACAAAGCAA